UGCCUUCGUCCUCCUUCAUCUACCUAUAAAACCCAUUCAACGAUCCAUCUCUGCAACAACACGCGUCUCAAAACGGCGACUGUAAGUUGCGAUAUCAGAUAUGCCGGCGCCCUAAGUUUCUCUGCGCCGAUGAAAAUCGUCAGCCAUUGUUUGAAGAUCGCCGCCGGCGAUAAAGCCGACGACGGCCUUUCGCUCAGCCGCAGCGAUGGUCUAUUGUGGUACAAAGACGUUGGGAAGCACUCCGCCGGCGAGUUCUCCAUGGCCGUCGUGCAAGCAAAUUACCAGAUGGAAGAUGGAUGCCAGAUUGAGUCUGGUUCUCUCAGCUCCGACGAGGAUGUUGACGCAAUGAAUGGAACCUUUGUUGGAAUCUACGAUGGGCAUGGCGGAGCGGAGGCCGCACGGUUCAUUACUGCUAACUUGUUCCUUAAUCUGAAAGAGAUUGUUUCUGAGCACAAAGGGAUAUCAGUGGAUGUUCUUAGGAAGGCAUUUUCCACCACAGAAGAAGGUUUUCUAUCCCUUGUAAGAGAGAAAUGGAAGAGACUUCCACAGCUUGCAUCAGUUGGUUCCUGCUGUUUGAUUGGUGUCAUAUUCGCUGGAACAUUAUACGUCGCGAAUGUCGGGGAUUCUCGUUUGGUUUUGGGAAGAUUAGGUGGCGAUGGGAGAGGGACCAUCGCCGUGCAGAUGACAACGGAUCAUAAUGUGAGCGAUGAGGCUGUGAGGAAUGAGCUGAUGUCACUGCAUCCUCAUGAUUCUCAGAUUGUGGUUUUGAAACACAAUGUAUGGCGUGUCAAAGGUCUCAUACAGAUAUCCAGAUCUAUUGGUGAUGCUUAUCUGAAAGACUCACAGUUCAAUCAAGAGCCUCUGCUUGCGAAAUUUCGGCUUCCUCAGCCGUUCUAUAAACCGGUUCUCAGCUCGGAUCCGUCGAUAAUAACCCAUAAAUUGUCGCCUCGAGAGCAAUUCAUGAUAUUUGCUUCGGACGGACUAUGGGAGCAUUUAAGCAAUCAAGAAGCUGUGGAUAUAGUUCGUUUCAAUCCUCGUGCUGGAAUUGCAAGGAGGCUCAUAAAACAUGCAUUAAUGGUGGCUGCUAAGAAGAGAGAAAUGAGGUAUUCUGACCUGAAGAAGAUUGGUAGAGGCAUCAGAAGGCAUUUCCAUGAUGACAUUUCUGUAAUUGUUAUAUUCUUUGAUCAUUUAUUGAUCACAGCAGCAAAAUGCUCUUUUUUCUUGCCAGAAGCCCCUCUGAUUUUGUAG